AUGACCCUGAAAUCGGAUGAAUUCUUUGAUGAUUAUGAUACUUCAUGUCACCCAGUACAGUCCUUCAAUGUCUCAGCAACUGACAUACUGGCUAAUGACAUGAAACGUCAAUUCUGUCAGCUUAGUUUAAACGAAAAUGAAUCAGAUAAAACGAAUCUUUUAUUUCACCAAGAUAUUCAUCAUUAUCAAAACAUUUUUCAAAAUAUAAUGUGUAAAUGCGUGUCUACUGCAUCUGGUAAUCAAGCUCCAUAUCAUUUGUGCUUGCCACCAAACUUGAUUUUUAACAAUGAUACUGAUCUUGCUCGAUACUUUGUUAUACUUAAUUAUUUAAAAGAUUUCAACAUGUGUGCGUCAUCGAUCAGACUCAAUGAAAAUCAAAUGGUACAACAAGCAGCAACUGACACAUUAAUGGACAUGGAUAUGGGCGAGUGCUGGAAAGUCUAUGACUCUGAGGGACACUGCUUUUGUUGUUAG